CAGUCGGUGUAUAACCUUGAGCGAGUAAAGACGCGUUAUGUGCAAAAUGUUGAAUUCAUUGUCACUGAUUUGUAUUUGUCUAUUUACCUUUGUAAAUGGUCAGUUUUCUAUUCAAACGACAAGCUAUCUUAAUAUCAUUGGUUUCGUCAAAAAGUUGGUAAGUGAAGAUUCAGACAAAAUUAUAGUUUUUGUUGACAUCAGCUCCCCUGCCGAUUCUUAUAAAGUUCAUAAAGAAACACAAAGUAUAUAUAAUGACAUCAUGAGCAGUAAAGAAAGCUACAAUAAUACGACUAUACACAAUAAUAUAACUAAUAAGGAAAUCAGUAAGGAAGGUAAUAUUGAAAUUAAAAGGUCUACUACAGAAAACACUGACAGUGAUAUAACAAGUUCUAAUAAAUCCAGUGAUCAACCAGAUGAAAAGAGCAAUAAAACAUGUACAGAAAACAAUGAACGAUAUCCAUUUCCAGGUAGCUGCGAUAGAUAUUUUGAAUGCAAAAAUGGCACAGCAGAAGAAAAGCAAUGUCCCGACGGCUUGCUUUACAAUCAUAACGUUAAGCUAGGUGCUUACCCUUGUCAAUAUCCCGUCGACGUCCAUUGUCUUCCAGGGUCUACUUUACAAUCACCGAAACCAACUAAAAACUGCCCAAAUCAGUUUGGAUACUUUAAAAAUAAAAACAGCUAUAGCUGCAGCAGUUUUGUGAUUUGUGAAAAUGGUAUUUCUUACGAGUACAACUGUCCUGAUGGACUCGCAUUCAAUACUUUGAAUUACCGUUGUGAGUGGCCUGAUAUAGUACCGGAUUGUGACGUCGAAGACUUCCUCAAUUAUGGUUGUCCAGAAGAGCCGAAAUCAAAUAACAUGAACAUUUCAAAAGGCUACAGAUCUCCAACAGAUUGCAGAAUUUAUUUCUCUUGUAAAAAUAACAAACCUCGUCGUUUAUUUUGUGAUGAAUAUUUUGCUUACGACGAGAUGGCUCAAACUUGUGUUCCGGCUUUUAAAGUGAGAGAGUGUUCAGACCAGCAAAGAGAUGAAGCUGGCCAAUUUAUAGCACUUAAUUCAAAUGGAGAAUAUGUAAUACUUGGUAGAGACGAUUAUGUGGCAAACAGAUUUGAAGACCUCAGCUUUGAGCCGAAAUUCCCAAGAAAAACUUAAAAACAGCUUAAAAACUCUAAUCUCUGGACUCAUAAAUAAAAAAAUCGAAGUCAUAAAAUAAAUAUGUAUCAGAGAUUAAAAAUGCUAUGUAAGGAUUC